GAGAGAGAGAGAGAGAGAGAGAGAGAGAGAGAGCGGGCGCGCGCGAGGGCGAGCUGUGCACGGGAAGAAACUGACACCCGGACCCCCCACUUCUCCUGCACGGUGCUGGCAAUCAGAUCGCGUUUAAGCAAUUUCCUGAGCCCAAGAAUAGCAAUGAGUCGGGAGACUUUCGCGGACUGAAAUUGGGAGCUGCAAUCACUCCCCAGGUUUUGUGUGUGGUGUUUUUGUGUGUGGUUUUUUUUCCCCCUUUUCUUUUUCUGGAGAAAGUUGGAGGGGGCGCUACAAUUGGGAAACAGCUUUUUUGUUUGUUUGUUUUUUUAAUCUUGCACUUUGAAACCGCGGACUGUAGCAGUGUGCGCGCUUGUGGUUGGUGCUUUUUUUUUUUUUCUUCGUCCCUGGCCUUGCUUAAACUCCUCUGCCGGUCUGUAAACAUUACCUGUGAAUUUCCCAGCCGAAACGGCUGUUGGGGCAAGAAACUUGUUAAAACUUCCCACCCCUGGACUCCCCACCGUCCCAAUCUUCUGAGACGCUUUUCUCCUCUCCGCCAGAGCAGAGUUUAUCUCUUUUUUCUUUUUUUUUUUUCUUCUCCCCCCACCCCCAUUUUUUCUCGCCCAAUCCUUUGCAUCUGGAAAGAGAUCAGAUCAAGAGUGACCAGGUGGGACCCCUCCUUUUCCUUAUUUAGUUUAUUAUUGUUUGGGGGUGUUUUCUUUCUUUUUUUAAUUCCUGUUUUGCUUAGUCCGGGGAGUGUCCACCGCCUCCUACCUCCUCCCCCUGUGCCCGGCUCCGCCGCGCGGAGGAUGGUGUGGAAAUGGCUGGGCGCGCUGGUAGUGUUUCCUCUGCAAAUGAUCUAUCUGGUAACCAAAGCAGCCGUGGGACUGCUGUUGCCCCCCAAGCUUCGGGACUUGUCGCGGGAGUCAGUCCUCAUCACCGGCGGUGGGAGAGGCAUCGGGCGCCACCUCGCUCGGGAGUUCGCAGAGCGUGGCGCCAGAAAGAUUGUUCUCUGGGGGCGGACUGAGAAAUGCCUGAAGGAGACAACAGAGGAGAUUCGGCAGAUGGGCACAGAGUGCCACUACUUCAUCUGUGACGUGGGCAACAGGGAAGAGGUGUACCAGACGGCCAAAGCUGUCCGAGAGAAGGUGGGUGACAUCACCAUCCUGGUGAACAAUGCCGCCGUGGUCCAUGGAAAAAGCUUGAUGGACAGUGAUGACGAUGCCCUCCUCAAGUCCCAGCAUGUCAACACCCUGGGCCAAUUCUGGACCACCAAGGCCUUCUUGCCACGUAUGCUGGAACUCCAGAACGGCCAUAUUGUGUGCCUCAAUUCUGUGCUUGCACUGUCGGCCAUCCCAGGCGCCAUCGACUACUGCACGUCAAAAGCCUCAGCCUUCGCCUUCAUGGAGAGCCUAACCCUGGGGCUGUUGGACUGUCCGGGUGUCAGUGCCACCACUGUUCUGCCCUUUCACACCAGUACCGAGAUGUUCCAGGGCAUGAGAGUCAGGUUUCCCAACCUCUUCCCGCCACUGAAGCCAGAGACAGUAGCCCGGAGGACAGUGGAAGCUGUACAACAAAACCAAGCCCUUCUCUUGCUCCCAUGGACCAUGAAUAUCCUCAUUAUCUUGAAAAGCAUACUCCCACAGGCUGCACUGGAGGAGAUCCACAGGUUCUCGGGGACGUACACCUGUAUGAACACCUUUAAGGGGAGGACAUAGAGGCAGGAGGAAGACACACCUGAGGAGCUAUGGAGCCUAACGGGGGAACACAGCAACCGGGCACACACCCAUGUGCCUGUGCAUUGGCACAUCUGCUGGGUGAGCAGGACCAUUCUUGUCCCCAGGGAAGAUUUUGUAGCUCCCCAAGUCAACUCCAGGACCUUGGUGCAGGACUGAUGGGUAUAACUUUGACCCCCAUGGGGGAGGCAAGAAGCCAGCCGCCACCCAACAAACUUUGUACAUUUCUCAUUCUGUAGGGUUUAUCGUGAAAUUGCUUCUCCAGUCUAACCUGCCUGAGCAAUGUGCAUCUGCUAUUUCCAGGAGAGUCUGCCCCUCCCCACCCCCAGACACUCUGCCUUUCCCUCCAAAUGCUCUCAAUUCCCAGCUCAUGCAAACUGGUUACACAGCAGAAAUGCGAAAUAAAGAGGUGGCUUUCGCA